GGGGAGAGAAGAGGGCGGGCUCUGUUGCCCUGGGCAACGCGGGCCAAGUUCCGGGCGGGAGUUUUGAUUGACUCUGAGACUAGGAAGGCGGGAUUGGAAGAGGCUGAAGGAAAGGAUGCUGGCCUCUAAGGUCGCAGUAAAUUAAAAAAGGAAAGGUUAAAAAAGACGAAGAAGAAAGCUUUUUCUCCUCCCAAGUGUCUUAUAAUGGACCAGAAAAUCCUCGCUCUAGCAGCAGAAGAGAAACCGGAGCAACUUCAGUCAUAUCUGCAAAGCCUGAAAGAAAAUGAGUUGAGUGAUCUAGUUACAAAGCAGGCUUUGAGGGGGAAGGAGAUUGGUGUCUUUCUGAGAGGAAUCUUCAAAGGUUCUCCUUGCUCCCAACAAAAUGGUGUUGUUAGGAGGCUCAGUAUUUACAAGCACUGCAUCCAGUUGGUGGAGUCGGGGGAUCUGCAUGUGGAAACUGCAUCUGAGAUUAUACGAUUGCUUAUGUUAGAGACUCACAAACUGCCAGGCCCUGCAAUGGCUGACUUGGCUACUUUGUUUGUUGAUGCUGUAAAAGGAGGCAGUCUGCUCAGCGGUAAAUCUUUGGAGCUGUUUCCUACAGUUCUGACAGCACUAGCUACAUCUAAAGAGGCCCUGGUUUAUGGGACAGGUGAGCUGAAUGGAGAAGAACUGAAGAAACAGCUGAUCAAUACACUGUGCUCCAGCAGGUGGGGUCAACAAUAUGUGAUUCAUCUAACCUCUAUGUUCAGAGAUGUCCCACUAAGUGCAGAAGAACUGCAGUUUGUUGUGGAGAAAGUCAUAAGGAUGUUUUCUAAGUUAGACCUGCAGGAAAUCCCUCCUUUAGUUUAUCAGCUGCUGUUGCUUUCUUCCAAGGGCUGUAAGAAAAUCAUACUGGAAGGAAUCAUCAGUUUUUUCAACCAGAUGGAUAAAAAAAUAAAAGAAGAGCAGAAGGAUUCAGAGUCAGUGGACCUAGAAGAAGCCACAGUUCCUGUAGACCAACUCCGUCAUGUGGAAGGCACUAUCAUUCUGCAUGUUGUGCUGGCCAUUAAUUUGGACCAGGAUUUAGGAAAGGAGCUAAUAAAAUACUUAAAGGCUGAACAGCAGGGAGAUCCUAGCAGGGCCCUAUGUCCCUUCAGUGUAACCAUUCUUCUCUCAAUGGCCAGAAUACACCGAUUUCAAGAGCAGGUGUUCGACUUUCUCAAAAUGUCAAUUAUGAGAAGCUUCAAGGACAAGCAGUUCCUUCAGGGUUCCAAGUUUCUACAGGAUUUGGCUCCUCAAUGCUAUGAUAUAUCUGCUGUGUUUCUAAAAGUUGUAGCAAACAGCGUAUUUGGUUGGGAUCAUGUGACUCAAGGCUUGGUGGAUCUUGGAUUCAUCCUGAUGGACUCCUAUGGGCCAAAAAGACCCUUUGGAGGCAAAGGCAUGGAAACUAACAAUGGUCUUUCUAAAACUCCAGCCCAGCAGUCAUGCAAGUUGGGAGCUGAUAUCCUUUUGGAAACCUUCAAAGUCCAUGAGAUGAUAAGAAGUGAAAUACUGGAGCAGGUCCUGAACAGAGUCAUCACAAAUGCAGGUUCCCCUGUCAGCCACUUCAUAGAUCUUUUGUCCAGUAUUAUAAUAUCUGCACCCCUUGUCCUUCAAAACUCCUCCUCCAAAGUUACAGAAGCCUUUGAUCAUUUGUCAUUCCUGCCUCUUGAUACAGUACAAGGACUUCUUAAAGCUGUGCAGCCUCUGCUCAAAAUAAGUAUGUCUAUGAGGGAUUCCCUGAUCCUUGUUCUUCGCAAAUCAAUGUUUUCUGGACAGCUGGAUGCCCGUAAGUCAGCAGUUGCUGGGUUUUUGCUCCUCUUGAAGAAUUUUAAACUUCUGGGCAGCUUGACUUCAUCCCAGUGCAGCCAAUCCAUUGGGGCAAGUCAGGUCCAGGUGGAUGUUCACACCUGCUAUAAUGCUGCAGCCAAUGAAGCCUUCUGUCUAGAAAUUCUGGGCAGCUUGAAACGAUGCUUAAGCCAGCAGGCUGAUGUCAGACUUAUGCUGUAUGAGGGAUUUUAUGAUGUUUUGCGCAGAAACUCACAGCUGAGCAAUUCCAUUCUGCAUAUGCUCCUCUCCCAGAUGAAGAGGUAUUAUGAAACGGAACCUGACUUACUGCCUCCCAUAAAAUUGGAGGGGUGCAUCCUGGCUCAGAGAGACCAAAUCUUCCUACAAGAACCUUUGGCACACUUACUAUGCUGCAUCCAGCAUUGUUUAGCCUGGUAUAAGAACACCUUAACUCUGCACCAGCAUAUGGAUGUGGAUGAAGACGAGGAUGAAGAUGAUAAGAGUUUCCAGCAAGAAUUGGAUGAGAUACUGGAAUCUAUUACACGGCGGAUGAUCAAGAGUGAACUGGAAGAUUUUGAGCUGGAUAAAUCAGCAGACUUUUCUCAGUCUACUGGAGUGGGCCUGAAGAACAAUAUCUUUGCCAUUUUGGUGAUGGGCAUCUGUGAGGUCCUGAUUGAGUACAACUUCAGCACAGCAAACUUCAACAAGAGCAAAUUUGAAGAUGUUCUGGGCCUGUUCAAGUGUUACAGCAAACUUUCUGAAAUCUUGAAAGAGAAAACUGGAAAGAGUAAGCUCAGCAUGGCAAACAAAAUUCCCCAGAGUUUUCUUUCUAUGGGCUUUGUGUGCACCUUGCUUACUGCUCUCUUUAGAGACAGUUCCCUGAAUCAUGAGGAGAGCCUGGCUGUUCUGCGCUCCAGCAAUGAAUUCAUGCACUAUGCUGUCAAUGUGGCAUUGCAGAAAGUGCAGCACUUAGAAGAGAAAGGGCAGACAGAUGGACCUGAUGGCCAAAACCGAGAGAAAAUUUUCCAAAACGUCUGCAAAAUCACCCAUGUUCUGCUGUGGAGAUACACCUCAAUCCCAACUGCUGCUGAAGAAUCAGGGAAGAAAGAGAAGGGAAAGAGCAUCUCGUUGUUGUGUUUGGAUGGUUUGCUGCGGAUUUUUAACACAAUGCAACAGCUUUUUCCAAAAAAGAUUCCACAGUUUCUACAGGCACUGGAUACUACAAAUGAAGACACUGAAGAGGGAAAUGUUAAUGCCACUGAGAAAGCAGCCUUCCAGAUUCGACAAUUUCAGAGGUCUCUGGUGAACCAGCUCAGCAGUACUGAGGAAGACUUCAACAGCAAGGAAGCUCUUCUGUUGAUCAACAUUCUUGCAACACUUUCCAGACUGCUGGAGCCCUCUUCACCCCAGUUUGUGCAGCUGUUGUCUUGGACAGUCAAGAUUUGCAAGGAAACUAGCCUGGAAGAUGCUCCUUGCUGCAAAGGUUUGCUAGCUCUGCUCUUCAAUCUACACACUCUUGUCAAGAGUCCAGUCACCAUACUGCGGGAUCUUGCCCAGGAUAUCCAUGCUCAACUUGGGGACAUAGACCAGGAUCAAGAAGUUGAGCACCAGCCCCACUUUGCUAUUGUGAAUUCAAAGACAGCAGCUCCUACAGCUUGUUUGCUAGCUUUGAGUCAAGCAGAUAAGGUCCUUGAGGAAGUGGAUUGGCUGAUAAAUAAAAUGAAGAGCAAUUUGGGACUGGAGGCAGCAGAAGAUGCUUCUCAAACAGCAAAUCAGACACAACCACUAGAAAAGGCAGUCAUUCUUCAGCUGGGAACUCUGCUGACUGCUUACCACGAACUGGUUGAAACAGCCCUGCCCAGUGGGAGUUGUGUGGACACCUUACUCAGGAGUGUCAGCAAGAUGUACACCAUUCUCACCGCCCUUGUAAAAUAUUAUCUUCAGGCAUGUCGAAGCACAAUGGGGGGAAUUCCAGCACGGUUUGAAAAGCUGGUAAGACUCUCUGGCUCCCUCCUGACCCCCCAGUGUUAUGCUUUCAUCACGUAUGUGCAGACCAUCCAGAAUGAAACAUUAAGCUUUGCAGCCAAAAAGAAAAAGGAUAAAACACCAACAGAAGUGUCCACUGUCAUGGCCAAAGUGUUGCGGGAGACUAAGCCAAUUCCAAACUUGAUUUUUGCAAUAGAACAAUAUGAGAAUUUUCUGAUCCAUCUCUCAAAGAAGUCUAAGGUAAACCUGAUGCAGUAUAUGAAAUUGAGUACCUCUCGGGACUUCCGCAUCAACGUUUCUACCCUGGAGAAUGCUCUACAGGAACAGAAUGCGGAUGAUGCUGAGAAUGAACCUGACAAUGACCAGCACACUGCAUCUGCACAAUCGAACACUGACCAAGAACCGAAAAAGAAGAGGAGACGCAAAAAAUAAGAGCUUUGUUUAUUGAUGAAUAUUUUGGGUCCAGUUGAUUCUCUUAAGAAAGACACAGAUUAUUUUCUCUGAGAUUUUAUCAUUACUAAAUUGUAAAAAAAAAAGUGCCUGUAAGUCAUAUUAAAUUGCAUUUGCUUCAUUGAA